AUGGCGGAUCAAACACUAUUAACAAACACUCUAAAAGCUCGAUUUGAUAGUUUACCAAAUUUUUCCGGACAUCUUUCUGAGGAUGUCGUAUGCUUUUUAAAAGGCAUCAAGGAUAUUACGAAGGCUAACGAUGAAUCAGACAAUUAUGAAAUUCUUGAAAUUGUUCGCGGUAAAUUAACUCAAUCAGCUGGACUAUACUUUAAUAAUAAUAAAUCUAAAUUUUAA